GCACCCCAUUGGCUUGCCCGAUUCCGUCCCAAAUCCUCUCUCCCCCACGCUCAACACCCAAUCCUCCCACCUCCAUUAAUGGCGGCCUCUCCCUUCUCCUUCUCUCCGUCCCGCUCCUUUCCUCCUCUCCGCUCCUUCGUCCCCGCCAUGGCUCGCUCCUUCUCCUCCUCGUCGCCCAAACACAAUGGAGACGAUCCCCAGGAACCCUCUCUCUCGAACCUCGAGAUCGUGGGCGCGCGCCGCGCCCUCCUCUCCAGCUUCGCGAGCUUGAAGAAGCCCUACAAACCCUUCCCCCUCAUAGCGUGGAAUCGCCAUGUGGAGACGAUCUUCGCCGCGUUCUUCCGCUCCGCCCCCGACGUCGCCCUCCGCCGCGAGUGCCUCAGGACGAGCGACGACGGCGCCGUCGCCCUCGAUUGGGUCUCCGGCGACGAUCGCCGGCUCCCCUUCGAUUCCCCCGUGCUCAUUCUCCUGCCUGGUCUAACAGGAGGGAGUGAUGAUACAUAUGUGAGGCAUAUGCUUGUACGAGCUAGAAAUAAAGGAUGGCGCGUCGUGGUAUUCAACAGCCGCGGUUGUGCCGAUAGUCCUGUGACAACCCCACAGUUCUAUUCAGCUUCUUUCACGAAAGAUCUUUCACAAAUUGUUGAUCAUGUAGCAAAGCGUUAUCCAAAAUCAAAUAUAUAUGCUGUUGGCUGGUCCCUUGGAGCAAAUAUUCUUGUUCGCUACCUUGGUCAGGAAUCUCAUAGCUGUCCUCUUUCUGGAGCAGUGUCCUUAUGUAACCCCUUCAAUUUGGUAAUUGCAGAUGAAGACUUCCAUAAAGGCUUCAAUAAUAUAUAUGAUAGAGCUCUUGCUAGAGCUCUGCGAAAUAUAUUUAAAAAACAUGCACUUCUGUUUGAAGGUCUUGAAGGUGAAUACAAUAUACCGAUGGCAGCGAGUGCCAAAUCUGUCAGAGAUUUUGACGAAGGGUUAACACGUGUUUCAUUUGGUUUUAGGUCGGUGGAUGAGUAUUACUCAAACUCAAGCAGUUCAAGUUCCAUCGAGCAUGUUAGAACACCUUUAUUGUGCAUACAGGCUGCUACUGAUCCAAUUGCACCAUCAAGGGGAAUUCCUCGUGAAGAAAUCAAGGAGAAUCCAAACUGUCUCCUUAUAGUUACUCCACAAGGUGGGCAUCUUGGGUGGGUAGCAGGUGAUGAAGCUCCAUUUGGCGCUCCUUGGACUGACCCUGUGGUAAUGGAAUUUCUGGAGUAUCUGCACAAAGAAAGAGCCACAAGCACCCAAAACAGCUACUGGGAUGAGCUAAAUGGUGCUAGAAAAUCAUCGAGUUCUGUCACUGUUCAUAUACGAAGUUAAGAUUUCCAUGAAACUAUUGCAAGUCUUGCCAUUGCAUCGACUUUUGUUGUGUGAUAACACACUGUUUUCUCGCCAAGAGGAUUUACCUCCAGAGGUUCUUGACAAGGGUGUCCAAAGAAGAGGUCGGAAAAUAGAAUUUCUUGUGUUGUUCAAGUGCCUCUGGCUAUGCUAAAGUAAAAGAUCGUCAGACAUUCAAUUUGAUUCAAGUUGGAUCUAUUCGUAUUUGGCAGAUAUCAGCUUCUCUUUGACUUUGUUCAAAUUCUGGAAAAUCUUGUCAACUUCAGAAAAUGAAGCUCCUCAGUGCUUUUUAACAGUUUCAAAUUAAGAUACUCACAUCUACCGAUGAGCAAUUGAUUCAGGGGUUCUGGUCGUUCACUCUUUUUUAUAUUAGGUUUGGGCGAGCGACUACUUCGGUUCUUGCUCAUGCUUAAGCCUGGUAUGGAAAUGUAUUUUCUCAUAUGCACUUAUGUUAUUGCUAUGGUCUAUGGAUGAUCUUGAAAAAAUACCUUAUGCUCUUCUUAUGCGAAGCAUCCAAUUUUGUGCCAUUUUUUCGACUUUGCCCCAGAAGUUUCUACCCUUUGCAUUGUGCUUGUAGAAGUUGGCAUCCCAGAAGGGUGGGAGGGUGCAAUUUCAGUGACUAGUAGUGCAAAAGUAUGGAUUGAAAUAAAACUUGUAGUGCAAUUUACUAGUUUGAAA